AAUCAGAAACUCUUCUAAAAAUUUUCUUCCAUGAGGAAACUAAAAUAAGUAGGUUUUGAUUCUAUGAUAAAAAUGGGGGAAAAACUAAUUGCUUAAAGGAAAUUUAUGAUAAAAAAACAGUGAUAGUCACAACUUAUAGAACGUAAAAGAUACUCUUCGGAUCAAGAAAAGAUAUUCUAUUGUCUUAAAAAUGUACGGAUUGAAUCACAACAGAGAGGAAAGAGCGUCACGGCGUGAGAGAUGCUUCAAAAUUGCUGCAAGUGUGACACAUUUGGCAGGGUCGUUCCUCGGUGAGGUCAGCAAAGGUGCAAUCCAAGCCGAUCGGCCUAUUGGCGAGAAGUCCGGAUUUCGACAUUCUCCUUUGACGGAAAGAGCGUCACGGCGUGAGAGAUGCUUCAAAAUUGCUGCAAGUGUGACAAAUCUGGCAGGGUCGUUCCUCGGUGAGGUCGGCAAAGUUAUAAUCCAAGCCGACCGACCUAUUGGCGAAAAGUCCGGAUUUCGACAUUCCACUUUUAUGAGAGAAAUGGGUUAUUUUUCUUGUCCAACAUCUCCUGAAGAAUUCAAACAACUACAAGAUUCGUCUCCCUUUCAUCGACCAAUGGGAAGAGGAAUUCCUGCAGGUAUUCACGAGAAAGAAAUGGAUGAUUUUUCUCGCCCAACAUCUCCUGAAGAAUUCAAACAACUACAAGAUUCGUCUCCCUUUCAUCGACCAAUGGGAAGAGGAAUUCCUGCAGGUAUUCACGAGAAAGAAAUGGAUGAUUUUUCUCGCCCAACAUCUCCUGAAGAAUUCAAACAACUACAAGAUUCGUCUCCCUUUCAUCGACCAAUGGGAAGAGGAAUUCCUGCAGGUAUUCACGAGUCACCAGCUCCUUACAUUAAAAACAUCCAUGGUCUCCAUGAGGGCAAGAUCAUUUUAGUGUGUGGCGUCCCAAAAUCCAACGCCAACAGGUUCUCGAUAUAUCUUCAACAAGGGGACAGUCCCGAUACAAAACUUGUUGCCAUGGUAUUUGAUGUUAGAUUUAAGUGGGGUACACCUGUCAGUACGAACUGCGUAGUAAGAAAUCACAAAGAAGGAGCAUGGGAUAGCGGACAGGAGGAAAGAUCUGCUCCGUGUUUCCCAUUCAAACGAGGCAAAGAUUUUCAGAUCAUUAUCAUGGUUGACCGUGAUUGUUUCAAGGUCGCAGUUGAUGAUCAGCACUUUGUGGAAUUUAAUCACAGGAUCGAACCCUUCAGCUGUAUUGAUACACUCCUGAUAGAUGGUGACGUCAUGAUCUCCACCGUGCAAAUCCAAGAGUGAUAGUUGCAUGGCAACAACCAUAAAGAAACACUUCAUCCACGUGAUGAAAACUCUGUUUUCGGAACUAUUUUUUCUCUGAAUGUUUCAUUUGUAUUGUAUUCGGGUAUAAAUUAUCUGUUUUGUAUGCGUUCAAUAACAUUAGUUGAUAUAUGUUGAAAUUGAUGCAAUUUUACAGUGGCAAUGCACAGUUUAAAAACACUUGAAAAUAGAGAAACUAUUUAGGGAACAGAUAAAAAAAAUCUAUCUAUCUAUCUAUCUAUCUAUCUAUCUAUCUAUCUAUCUAUCUAUCUAUCUCUAUCUAUCUAUCUAUCUAUCUAUCUAUCUAUCUAUCUAUCUAUCUAUCUAUCUAUCUAUCUAUCUAUCUAUAUAUCUAUCUAUCUAUCUAUCUAUCUAUGAAGGUAUGUAUGUCAAACCCCUCGCGAGGACGUAUGCAUGACUCUAGGCUAGUCACUUCAGUAUAACAGUAUAACAUCAAUGCGUAAUACAAAUGACGUAAAACGUCAAUUUCAUUUUGUUAUACGGUCAAAAACACUUCAAGUAUAUGGACGUAUAAAACAAAUGAGUCAUCGUUAACAAACCAAAAAGGUAUGAUUUGAUGCGAAACAAGUUAUUUGUCUUUCGGCCCAUGUGGGUUUUGCCAUCACGUGCGUUUCUCCCCUCUUUUUCUAGUAGAUUACAAUUUCAUAAGCAAGAUCAAAAUACUGAUACAAUAAUCCAACAAUUAUUGUUAAACCAAGUUUCACGCUACUGAGUACAUGAAUAAAAGAUUCUUCUAUAUAUGUACCAUGUAGGUAUAUAUAAAAGUGA